AUGUCCAAACGCACAUUUAUGUCACAGGACAAUUCCGGUUUAUGUAGUCUAUUUGGCAUUAAAUCAACACUAUUGAUCAUGAGUUUACUAUUGAUGGUUUUAACUGGUUUCUUAUCAUAUCUGUGCGGUUGGACAUUAGUAUUCAAAUUAAAAUAUUCUCUUCUGUCUUCGUUAUCGUCGAUUUAUUCGCUCUCCGCUUAUAUUCUUAUUAUUUGCUCAUUAUUAACAACAAUAGCUAUUUUCUGCGUAUUUAUCACGGCGUGGAUCGAACAUCGACAAGGACUAAGAUUGGCUUUGUUUACAUUGGGAACCACAUUUUUAAUUGAACUGAUUACUGCUCUUUUAUCAUUUAUUUAUACCGUCAAUUUAUCUGAUCGUUUAUCAUCGAAUUUAUUGUCAUUAGUUCAAUAUAAAUAUCACGUUGAUACACGAACUGAACAAGAUUUUGAUCAAAUGCAAAUCUAUUUUCAUUGUUGUGGAUCUAAAUCAUUCAAAGAUUGGUCAUUAUCAUCUCGUUUCAAUAAUGUAAACAACACAUCUUUUCUUGUGCCCGAUAGUUGCUGUAAAUCCUUUGAAUAUAAAUGUGUACAAAAACCAUUUGGUAUACAUCCAUCGAAUAUCUACUAUCAAGUACGUAGUGUGUCUUACCUAUUUCAUAAGAAAUUCUUUAUUUUGCGUGCAUAUUUUAUUUGUUAAAAAAUAAAAUAACGGGUGGCCUAUAAAUAAUGAACCUCUGAGUAUUCUGCAUAUACUUUUAUUUCUCUUCAAUCCUUAGAUCUGACUGUUUUUUUCCAAAAGAUGCGCUGUCAAAUCUAGGUCAAAUCUGCGCUGUCCUUCUCUACAAGAUUUGAUCAAACUUAUUUCUAUAGAAAGUUAAGGAGAAAAAUUAAACGAAAAAUACUCUCAACAUAAUGAAACGGAUCAACUUGCUAAGCUGAAAAAACGUUUUGUUCAACCGCUUCCAUUGAGUUGGAUGAUAAAAAGAAGAGAAUAUACGCAUUUUGUAGUCUUUGAAAAGUUCUAUCAGCCAGUAUUAGAUGUACAAAUACAAAAUCAAUCUUUGGGGCUUACAUCGAUUUUCUCCUCUUUGAGGCUGUGCAAAGUUCACCUAUUUGAAUGUGUACAUUCGAUGCUCCUGGAAAAUGCGGCAUAACGAAGCCAAAAUCGCACCCUUUUAGCUCGAUCUUUUUUUUUUCUUUUGAUGAGAAGUAACACUUGUUGCAGAUUUAACGCUGAAAGUUACCUUAAAGCUUUAUUCAUAAAUUCACUUGCCGACCGAUAGCAGAUUUUGGUAACUUAGAGGUGAAAUUUUGGAAUGUUAGAUUUGAACGAGCUGUGAACUGCAUAAGGAGAAAGCGUGCACUUCAAAGUACUCAAAAAUAUCUUCACUGUUGUUUCAUUGUCUUUAGAUUUGCUGAAAAUAUUCUAAAAUUUGUAAAUC